CUGCUGUUCCCUGUGCCUCUCAUUUCGGCUUCCAUCACCAAUCUCGCCAGUAGACACUGCUUCCCCUUCGCGUACUCCCUCGCUCUUCCGCCGUCACUCGCGACUCCCACCCUCGGCGCUAUGGCGUCAGGGACUUCCCCGCCCGAUGCGGAGCGGCGCGGGGCCUCGUCGGAUCGGAAGCGCGAUCGGUCGCGCGAGAGGAGCUCGUCGCGGCCGCGGGACGAGCGGGCGGGCGCGGCGACGAGAGAGAGCGGCGCCACAGCGACUCGCACGAGCGGCGGCACGAGGAGCGCGGCAGGGAGCGCGAUAGGGACAGGGACCGGGAUAGAGACCGCGAUAGAGACAGAGACCGGGAGAGGGAUCGCGAGAGGGAGAGGGAUCGGGAGCGCGAUCGGGAGCGGGAGCGCGAUCGCGAGCGCGACUACAAGAGGCGGCGGAGCGCCAGUCCCCGCCGAGCCUCGCCGCGAUACGGCUCCCCUGCGAAGAGGUCAGGACUACCGUCGCUUUCGUGCAAUUGCUUUUCGCUUUUUUCUUAAACGCAGAAACAGCCAUUCGCGUGGUGAGCAGGGCUUAAUUACCUGAGCGCUGACGCGUGCAUCGGCGGCGCCCGGAAUCCACCUCUUGUUCCGCUCUCUGGCUCUCGCCACGCGGCUCACGCGCUUCUCACGCUUCGUGCAGGGCUCCGCUGCGAGAGGCUCUGAGCGCCGCCGCAGGAGCAUGGCUGUCCGCUAGUCUGUUGUCUCUUGAUCCGCCGUGAACCGCCAGAUUUCAUUGUUUCAAUCCGACCGCUCCAGUCAAUCUAAAUCUAGGUUUCAGUUGAGACCGCCUUUUCUCAGCGUGCCGACUGCCUCUCGCCCCAUGGCCUCCACGCCUCCCGCCUGGCCUCUCGUCACCUCGCCUAGGUUAGCUUCCUCUCACAGCUGACGGAACGAGUCCCUCGACGCAGGAGUUGAUUUUGGAUUUAGCACACUAGCCACAAGUAGGAGUAGCAUAAUACUUAGCUGUGCAAGCGGUCAGCUUGACACCCAGCAAUGCUCGCAACGCCGUGCGGCGCUGGUGGUGGUGAUGGUGGGGGCGUCGCGCUCCUCGGAGGCA